AGUUUAUUAACUACUGCCUCCCACAUUCACAGCCACUUUUUGGGCUUAUUUGUGUACAAAUAUUAUUUCCUAUUUUAUGGUACGUUGCGGUCUGUGUGAUUGAUAUAUAAACCGGGUAUGUCUGAACUAAACGAUCUGCUCUGAUUCGGAAGCUGGUAUCUUGUUCUGGACUCAAGUGGAAGGGCUCGUAGGACAUAGGACCAAUAAGGACGCUAAACUGCCCACACCGGUUAGACGUCAUUGGUUGGCCUAGUGUGAAGAUUCGUAUAAGUCGUAUUCGGAUUGGUAGAUAAGACGUGUGAUCGAAAAGUCAGACAUCCCAGGUCAUAACAAUUGGCGACGGGGAUUUUGGCAAAAACAAAAUAAUUGGGAGACGCAAGGUCAUAACAAUUGGCGACGGGGAUUUUGGCAACAAAGAAAUAAUAAUAAUACAAGUGGUGACUCAGAUUUUGGAAAUAAAUUAGCUGUAAUAAGUUGCCGGUGAUUUUUGGAUUAAUAUUAUUAUUAGCAGUAAAAUUUUUAUUUUAAAAAAAAAAUGUCAGAUUCUUCAGAACAAUUGCAGUUAUUAUUACAGCAGCAGCAUCAAAUGUUAGCUUCGCAACAACAACUAUUGGAGGCACUUUUGGGUAAACUAUCUAUUCAACAAGGUAAUCCAGAUUAUAGAAGUAUAGAAUCAUAUCUCAAUCCAAUUCCAGAAUUUAUAUUUGAUGCAGACAGCGGUCACACUUUUGAAGCAUGGUUCGGCAGAGUAGAAGAUAUUUUUCGAGUAGAAUUUGCUACUAUGGAUGAUGCAAAGAAAGUCCGGCUGCUAUUACAGAAACUUGGUCCUAAUGAGCAUCAAAAGUAUAAAAACCAUAUUCUGCCUAAACAUCCGCGAGAAGUUAAUUUCGAUGAAACUGUUAACAUCCUAAAUAAAAUGUUUUGUGAACAGGCGUCUUUAUUCCGUAUCCGGUAUAACUGUCUACAGCUGACUAAAGAGGCUGAUGAAGAUUAUAAUACGUACGCCGGAAGAGUAAAUUUACAAGCAGAACGAUUUAAAUUAAAUGUAUUAACCAGUGAUCAAUUUAAAUGCUUAUUAUUCAUUUCUGGUCUGAACUCUCCUGUUGAUGCUGACUUUCGCAUGAAGUUGUUAUCCCGUAUGGAACAUGAUGAUGAAAUGACGUUACAAACUAUCACCACUGAAUGUCAACGAUUAAUAAACCUAAAACAAGAUACAGCUAUGCUGGAAACCAAAAGUGUUGUGCCCUCAAAUUCUGUUCAUGCUGUCAAGACAGGUCAAAGACAAAAUAGUACCAAAAGUCAUAAAUAUCACUCGAAAGCUCCUAAACCUGCAACUAAAUGUUGGUAUUGUGGUGCAUGGCAUUUCUCAAGAUUUUGCCGGUUUAGAAAUCAUAGAUGCACUAUAUGCAAUAAAGUUGGAAUUUUCAAAAAAAAAAAGGGGGAGGUGUUAUAUCCGAGUGGAGAUUAAAUUACAGGUAACUUCCGAGGACUAUUCAUGGACUAAUAUUCUAUAAAUAUU